AUGCCUUGCGGCCGCCCUCCUUCCUAUCCGGCUGUGACACCGUAGACAUGGCUGCCCGCAUAGCAUGGCUGGUGAGGAGGAUUCACCCGGAAAGGGCACGGAGGACGCUGUGUGCUGGAGUUGGAUGUAAUUCAGUAAAUGGACCCCCCAGGUUCACAGAUCCAGAAGUACAGAGCAUGCUGAAGAAGAUUACCGGUCUAGAUCUGGAGAAAGUUUUCCAGCCGGUGAAGCAAGAAAGGAAACUACCCACGUAUAAGCUAAUGACACAAGAACAAUAUGAACAGGCCGUCCAGAAAGCUGCAGAGGCUGCAACAAAGUGCCUAGAGAUGCCACCCAUGCUGGAGGAACGGCAACCAAUAAAUGAAAUCCUGAAUGUGGAUGAGAUUCUUGCUGGUACAGACACUGCCAAAUAUGUGUUCACCGAUAUCACAUACAGCACACCACACCAUGAAAGGUUUAUGGUAGUACGAGAGCCAGAUGGCGUUUUGCGGAAAGCCACGUGGGAGGAGAGAGACCGAAUGAUCCAGGUUUAUUUUCCCCGCCAAGGUCGGAAAAUGUUCCCUCCACAUGUGUUUAACAAGGAAAACAUGCAGCAUAUGUUUAAGCAGGAGCGGCAUGAAGAGCUCCUAAACCGAUGCAUUGUCCAGUUUCAGCUCGAUUCCAAAGAAUACAUCCAGAUCAGAAAUGAAACAUUUGAGGACAUUGACAAGCAAAGGAAGUAUGACCUGUUACGGUCCACACGGCAUUUUGGAGGUAUGGUGUGGCACUUGUGCUCUCUGAAGAACAUCGAUGGACUUCUCAUAGACAUGCUUCAAAGAGAUUUAUUAGGAGACGCUGUGAGUUUAGUACAACUCUACCACAUGGUUCAUCCCGAUACUGAGUGUGCAAGAGAGUCCCAGGGAGCCGAUGGCAGAGAACUUAUCAAGAUAUUUGUUCGAAUGGAAGCGAAGAAUCCAGGAUAUCUAGAACUAGCUCUACAAGCGUAUCCACAGACUGCCAGCAGUGCAGCCUCUUCAUGACACCAAUGCUGGACUUCUGCACAAUUCUACACUUCAGUUUCAUGAAGCCAUUUCUUACAAUGCAAGAUGUACUGUGUCCCUCCAGCUACCACUGAAUGUGAAUAUAUGUGCUGGACAAUGAAACCCUUCCCUACUACUAUGUGUCACUAUUUCUAAAUAAAUAUUCAUUAAAAA